AUGAAGUUUGCCAACUUCCCCAUCCUCAUCCCUGCCUUUACAGCACAAAUCUACAUCGACGCUCCCCUUGUCAUAAACCCAGACCUCCUCAACAUCCCCUUCGUCCCCAAUCUCGGUACCCUCGUCUCCGAGCCCGGCUACGAGCCCCCGCUCGAGGCCACCUUUGUUCACGGGAGCGACUUUCUGCGCCGCGACCCGGACGGCCAGAGGGUCCGCCUCGACGUAUCUAGCGUCGCGAGGGACUCGACGUCGGGCGCCAUGCUUCGUUUCAGUUACAAUGGCGUCGUCGGGGUGGCCGGCGACGAGGGCAGGGUCAUCCGUGGGGACGGUAAUGCUACUACCACGGGGUUUGGGAACGCCUUCGUCCAGGUUAGGUUCGAGACGAAUGCUUCAGGCCUCAAGCCUCUCCAAGACAAGCUCUAUGUAGGUUCUGGCAGAUUUAUCGUCGAGGAGAACCAGCCCAUCAUUGUCGAAUACAAGAUUAGCGAGGUGGGCGCGCAGUGUAGCGAGCAGCCCGAGGGUGGCUGA